AUGGCCAAACUACUGCCUGAUAUCUUGAACAAAAAGAGUUUGAAUGGAUCUAGGUUGACACAAGAUGGGAUUGGGCUAUUGGAAUUUCUAGGAAGCCUGUUGUAUCUGCGGGUUGAUCUGGCAUGUUCGUGGCGGGAUAUGAGAUCAUUCAGAUAUGUUGGAGAUUUAGAUAAUAAUAUUUUGAAGAGAAACCAAUGGGAAACAUGUGAAGCUAAAUAUGCUCUAAUAUGGAUAAGCGAUAGGUCCUGCUCUACUGAAUGCAUAGAUAUGAUGCAUCAGAUAUGCCUUGGUGGCCACGAGGUCGAGUCUAACCAACAGCAGCAGAUCAUGAAAAACUCAAAACUCGAAACAAGUGGCGCCUCGAUUAAGACAAGGAAGGUUUCCAUUGUUGAAGUGUUCCGAUGCACGCAGAAGAAUUUUCAAUUUGGUUUGGAAAGAGGAUUUACUGUUGGCAGAGUUAUACUUUGGUAA